AAUAUUAUGGAACUCAGCUUUUCCGUAUUCGCUGUAACAAUUCUACUAGUUUGGUUAAUAUUACGAUGGAGGGAAGCUGCAAAGAAAUGGGCAAUAUACGCAAAAAUUCCUGGUCCAUCCCAACUAGCGUACCCUCUGAUCGGACAUGCUAGGCUUCUGAACUCUUGUCCAGACAAUAUUUAUGCAAGCCUCUUGAAAAUAACUGAAGGAAAUAUUGAAUGUCAAACCAGCAAUAUCGUAUGUAUAUGGUGGGGACCUAUGCCUGUUGUGCUAAUCAAGGGACCAAAGGCAGCCGAAGAGAUUUUACGAAGUUCUGAGCACUUGGACAAAACAUAUUUUUACCAAUUUUUUCACAAUUGGUUGGGAACUGGAUUACUAACAUCGACUGGCUCCAAGUGGAGGUCGAGAAGGAAGUUGCUCACUCCCACAUUCCAUUUUAGCAUUUUGAAAGACUUCCUGCCAAUUAUGAACGAUAAAGCUGAAAUAUUUACUGAACGAAUAGGAAAGUUUGCCGGCACAAAUAAUCAUUUUGAACUAUUUAAACCUGUUGGUUUAUGUGCUUUGGACAUUAUAUGUGAGACAGCGAUGGGAGAAAAUGUGAAUGCCCAAGUGGACGAGGAGUCAGAAUAUGUUGCUUCAAUAUCCAGGGUCAGUCAUUUGUUUUUCGAUCGAAUAAAACGUCCAUGGAUGUGGCCUGAUGCAUCGUACAAUUUAACGGAAGACGGAAGAGAAUGUAGCGAAAGGCUGGACCGUCUUCACAAGUUCACGGAAUCUGUUAUCCGAGAUCGUAUGAAACACAAGGAAAACGUGACGCAGAAGAAUAGAAGACAAGCUUUUUUAGACUUGUUGAUCAAUGUUUCAGAUGGAGGAAAACAACUCUCUAUUGAUGAUAUUCGAGAGGAAGUCGACACAUUCAUGUUUGAAGGCCAUGACACAUCUUCUGCAGGAAUGACAUGGACCCUUUAUCUUGUCGGUUUACAUCCCGAUGUUCAACGACGUAUCCAAGAGGAACUGGACGAGGUUUUCAACGACGACGAGAAUCGCAAUAUAACGUUCGAGGAUCUACGCAAACUUCAAUAUUUGGAAAUGGUCAUCAAAGAAUCUCAUCGGUUACUGCCACCUGUACCAUUAGUUGGUAGAAAUACAGCUCACGAUUGCAAAUUGGAUGGAUAUGAAAUACCCAAAGAAACCACGUGUAUACUCUUUAUUCAGAAAAUCAACAAUAACCCAGAAUACUGGACUGAUCCAGAAAGGUUCGACCCAGAAAGAUUCAGUACCGACAAUUGUGAAGGCCGACACCCAUACUCUUACGUGCCCUUUUCUGCUGGACCGCGUAAUUGCAUCGGGCAGAAAUUUGCUCUCAUGGAAGAAAAAGUUGUCUUGGCACACACGUUGCGAAAAUUUGAAGUGGAAUCUCGAGAUAAAUUCGAAGAUGUCGAAAUGCUUGGUGAUCUAAUUAUGAGACCUAUGGAUGGUGUUUACGUCAAACUGAAGAAAAGAAAAAAUGCCACGUAAAGUGGAAGAUGCAGUUAUUGUAAUAUUUCUGUUUGGUAAUUCGCUUUUAAGAGAAAUUGCUACAUACAAAGUAUGUAAAACAUGCAAAUUUUCGUUCGCUUACUCGAUAGAAGAUCCUGCUCCAUGAUCUGUAUAUAUAUAUGCCUAUUACAGCUCUAACUCUAACUAAACUUUGAUUCUCUCAGAUGAGGAUCUUUGAAUUAUAUGUCUCUUAAGCUCUUACUGACUUCACUAAGUUUAUUGUUAAGACAGUUUUCCUAUAUUAAGGGUUAAUAAUACAGAUAAUUUCUGUUGGGACUUGCACUCUAAACUAGACUCAGAUAACGCACUCGUUAGUAGUUUUAUUACUGGCUUUCACGAUACGAAAUCAAAAUCAUAUCUUGAAUACUGCAAUCUGUUGUAGUGUGUAUUAUAAAAAAAAUCAAUUGAAAGCGAAAAUAUUAGUCAGUAUUAAUAUUUCAAGAAAUUUUAGUAGAAUUAUUGGCGCUCCGUAUGGAGUAUGAACAUAGCAUGUGUGCCAGGUUAGGGUUGUGCGUCAUCUUGGUACAAAUACUUCGGGAGCAUCGAAUGUUUUUGUAAAAUACAGAUACCUAUUUUUAUUGAA